UACACGAGAAUCUCGCAAAUUUUAUAUGUACUGAUUUAAAAUCAUUUUCAUAAGCUAUUUCUUAUAUAUUGUUAUAAACAGGUAAUAAAAAAAAUCUUGCAACAAAAAUGAGUUAUCACCAGAAUCGAAGCGGGAAUCGUCGUGCGUACAAUUCUAACCGUGGCGGAAACCGUUAUGGUGGCGGUUCUGGUAAACGUGGCGGGGGCAAAGACUCCAAUAUACCGAUCGACGAAACAAAUCCGGUGAUACAGUGUUUCCGCGAGUAUGCCCGGGAAUUGGAUGAAAAACAUGACCGGUACGAGCGCAUUAUCAAGUGCAGCCGUGACAUCACCAUUGAGAGUAAGAGAAUAAUAUUUCUGCUGCACACGGUAGAUUCCAAGAAAAACAAUCAAUCUCGAGUGUGCGACGAAGCAAAGAAGCGACUAGAUAAUUUGUGCCAGACUCAUUUUUGUACGAUCGCCGAAGAGCUGCAAGGCGUUGACCCAUAUCAGUAUACGCGAGCAUAUUCUAGUGGGAUACAGGAAUUUAUUGAAGCGUACACAUUUAUCGAGUAUAUCAACUCCCAGAAGAUGUCUCACUGGAAAUCAAUUCAGAAUAAACUAAUGUACCAGAUUUCAACCGAUGGAUCAGCCGAUAAAACACAUUGCAAUCAUGAUGGAAUCGAAAAUCCUGACAGUGAAACAUUUAACAACGAUAAUGAUUCCCAGCAAUCGAUAAAUCAAAAUCAAAUAAGCUGUUUGUUGCAGCCCUUAGACUUUGUUUUGGGAAUUGGUGAUCUUAGCGGAGAAGUGAUGCGCAAGUGUAUCAAUUCCCUUGGUUCCGGUGAUGUUGACAGCUGUUUCGAUCAUCGUCGCUUCUUACAAGAGCUCUAUAAGGGAUUUAUUUCGGUGAGUAACGCCAGAAGCCGUGAUUUUUCUCAAAAAAUUAUUACUUUGAGACAAAGUCUUCUUAAGAGCGAAAAUGUAUGCUACAACGUAAAAGUCCGCGGUGGAGAAGCCGCCAAAUGGGGCAGCACGGACGAUUGUGCAUUUGGCGUCAUUGCAAAGGAUAACCAGGAUGAGGACGAGGGCAUUUUCUUUUGAUUUCAUUAAUCGCAAACCUCUUUUCUCUUACUUCAAAAAUGGAAUUUUCAUUAUUACUUAUAUAAAACACAGAAUAAAUUAAAUGAUACAUACAAUCGGAUUGCACCGUU